AUGCACUAUGAAUAUAAUCACGUGUUGAGUCCGAUCACCACCGAUGCCGUCAUUGAAAGCGUGUCGAGGGGUAUAGUAUUUGGCACAAACAGCCUUUCCAUUGCCACUCCAGCCCUGAAUCACGUGUUGAGUCCGAUCACCACCGAUGCCGUCAUUGAAAGCGUGUCGAGGGGUUAUCAUAAACCGUGUUUGUCGGAAAGUCACAAAAUGAUCAGGUUUAAAAGUUGUGACAAUAAAAUGUUGUCUGUUUUGCCUAUAUUUGCGGUGAUACUAGUAUUUGGUCAGUGUUUGGCUCAAGACAUCUCGUGGGAACCCCGGGCCAGAGGUGACAAACACCAUGAACUCAUCAAUCAGACGGUCGCACAUAAAACUGAUGAGAAGAUCAUAUUUGUGGGCGACUCCAUCACACAGGGCUGGCAGAGCCUCGGGAAAGCUGUUUGGGACAAGUAUUACGCGCCCAGACAUGCAUACAAUUACGGCAUAUCGGGGGACAGGACUGAGAAUGUGAUCUUCAGAAUACGAGACAAGGAAUUCGAUGGACUCAACCCCAAAGUGGCUGUCCUUAUGAUCGGCACGAAUAAUAUCGGUUGGAAUAAUACGGUCGAAGACGCGGCACAUGGAGUGCAAGAAGUUCUUCAGGAAUUGACGGCCAAAAUGUCGACCACUAAAGUCAUACUACUAUCCAAUUUACCGCGAACUCAACCAAACGGCUCUAAAUGCAAACGACUUAAUGUUUUACUCAAGAAGUUUGCCGACAAUAAGACUAUCUUUUAUCUGGACCUGUGGUCACACUAUGAGACUCCGGAUGGCAGACAAAAGUUUGAGCUCUUUGUCGAUAAACUACAUGUCAAUGAGAAAGGCUUUGAGGUGUGGCAACAGACUAUGGAUCCGUUGCUAAACAAAUUGGAUCCAAACCUUUGA